GUGGACACAGGUGGGUAACAUCAAAUAAAUGACAUCUUUUGCGGAAGCUAAUGGUUUCCUGUUUUUUUUUUUCUCGGAAACUCUGUGAUAAAGUUGUUUCAUCUCUUUUUUGUUUAGUUUCAACAGUCAUAAGCGAACGUUAGGAGAAUGUUUGCUGCGGGUAUCAUAUUGGACGAAAGUUAAUUAAAUCAUACACUUGGGCAAUCGUAUAUUUCGCGGUAAAGAGAGUAGCUUUCAAAUGUAAGCAUACUUCAAUAACUAAUUUUGAUAUUGCCUCUUGUUUUAGAAUUCAUCGUAGCGAUAUAAUGUAAUUAUAUAUUUGUAGGGCAACGUUACGAAUUUUGUAUCGUUUUUUUUUUUAAUGUACGAUACAUAUUAAUAAUGUCCAAAACUGUUGUUAAAAAGCACCCACAGUGCUUGGCCAAGCUGCUCUAUUCAAAAAUUCAAUUGCCUUUCCGGGUGUUAUCCCUUUUUUCCGUAGCUCCAUCCUACAGAGCCCAGUGCUCAGAAAGCAUCCCCAGCAUCAGUGCAGCCGUUUUGCCAGUAUCAAUCCAUACGGCACAACUAACGCGUCCAAAACACGUCCGGUGGCUUUCCAAUUUUUCCAAAAACAAGUGGUCCUCACAACAUCCGAACACUGGAAAAUCAUCACUUCAAUAGAGAAUUUCGUAUCGAGUACAGCCGGAAACAAAUGGUGGGAACCCAGGCGUACGUCCAAACGCUACUGUUACCAGAUUGUUCGUAACUUCACCCAUUCCAUCGACGGCCAGUGCUCAAUUAGUGUACGAAAAAUUAAUCCAAUCCAACCAGCUGGUUUCGGGUGUGUGAGAGAAAGUGAACGAAAAUCGGCCACCGGGCGUACAACAAACCGCGCGUUUCAACGUACAAAACGAAGGAAAAUCUGGUGAAAAAAAAAUUUGCACCGAAAAUCACUCCCGAUUCGGUGGGCGAAGGUUGUUUUGGCCGUACACGGGGUGAAUUCGUAUUGAAGUGGUGAUUCCAGCAAGCGGAAUGAGUGAAGGACCCUGCCUGUAACAACAAUGAAACAAGUGAAGUGAUUUCUCAGUGUGGAAUUAAUACGAUUUUUCCCGCAGAGCGAGAGAAAGCAGCCACCGCCCGCAUAGCGCAAAAAAGCGGUGGAGAAGCAAAACAAAAAGCACCCAAAGCACAUACACUAGCGGCCAAAUUCGUUAUACUGACUAAAAUAGUCAAAGUGUUUUUUUUUGCGCCACCAAAUUUGCUACCCACCAUGGAUGAAGUGCACGAAAAGAUGAAGAAUUUUUUAAUUAAUUCCGACACGAGUGGCAUCGAGUUGGGCGAAUUUCUAGUGAACCGGUUCCCCACACCGGUUGCACCGUAUCUGGCCCUGUUUCCACCGGGCACCAACCAUUGGAUGCGGCAACGUUUGGUCAACCCUUGGAAAACGGUACCGCUGGUGUUUCUGUUCCUGUCCCUGCUGCUCGUGGCGCUUCUGUAUCCCGUGGGCAACCACCAGUCGGCAAUCGGAGGACGGCGGUGGUCACUGCUGGCAACGUUGUUUGCAAAUGAAGAUUGCAUUCUUACGAUACCAGCAGAGUUGCAAAAAGCAUUUCGACCACCGGAGAGCUGUGGCUUCUGCCGGGCUGUUCAUGGUUCCGUACCACGACUUUCCAACGUAAACCCGGCAGAAUUUGCCCGUGACUAUGCGUACCGUGGUGGACCGGUUAUUGUGACGGAUGCCACCACUAACUGGACUGCAAUGGAACGCUUUGACUAUUGGUUCUUCAAGCGAGUGUACGAAACGCACGGAAGUGGACCGAAAGCGGAACGUUGCCAGUUUUUCCCCUACCAAACGGGGUUGCGAGACAUACGGGAGGCGUUAUCAUUGCCGGAGUCGCGCGUUCGUUACGAUCCAGGCACGGAACCGUGGUACUUCGGGUGGAGCAAUUGUGAUCCGGCAAUAGUGCGGGUACUGAGGCAGCAUUAUCAGCGUCCCUAUUUCUUACCAAAAGACUCGGAAAACAAUGCCAUCGAUUGGGUGUUUAUGGGUGGACCUGGUCUUGGAGCACACAUGCAUGUCGACAAUGUCCGUCUUCCAUCGUGGCAAUCACAGCUGAAAGGAGCGAAGGAAUGGAUUCUUGCACCACCACCGGAAUGUUUCUAUCAGUGUGAAUUCCUUUCCGUCGUUGUACAAACCGGAGAGACAAUUGUGCUGGACACGAACAAAUGGUACCAUAAAACGAAUGUGCUGCCCGGUCCCAUCAGUAUUACCGUGGGAGCUGAAUACGACUAAUCGGUGCUCACUUACCGCGAUAUGAUCGUUGUCCC